CAACGUUCAACAUCAUGUGCGACCAUCUUAAGGUUAUAAUUGAAGUGAUCGUUCAAGAAUUAGGAAAUAAAAAGUUAGCUGAACAAAAUGCGAAGGAAUAUAUCGAUAGUUACACGUUGGGACUACCUGAGGAUCUUUCUUUCAAUGGUAUAUAUAAAGAUAGUAUUAUAAAAUAUAUAGAAGAUCUUAAAAACAAAGCAAGUGAUGAAAUUAACGAGGAAAAUAGUGUGGAAAAUGUGAUCUACAGAUGUCUAUUCGCCAUAUACCGAAAAUCCUCUCAACAGGAAAGAUUCUUGUACCUUCACGAUUUGUUGGAAUACUUAUACCAACAGUUGGUACAAAAAAUAAUUCAGUUACAAGAAUAUUCUUUACUAAUAUCAAAAAACGAGUUCAUUAGGAAAGUUAGAGUUUUAUUUCCGCAUAUCAAGGUACGUAAUAUGAAAUCAAUGAUGAGUGAAACAUCGAUAGAAAAUGACAGAUUUAAAGAAGCCCUUACUGAACUGUGUGAAGCCGCACUGUAUCCAACAAUUUUAAGGGAAGAUUGCUAUGAGAUUAUUAAAAGUAAAGUAUCUAUUGAAAAUACGGCAUUUUUAAAUUUUGAAGUGAAAACUGUACAAAUGAAAAACGGUUUUUUGUGUGAAUAUUUAAAACUCCGUAUUAGCAUAACAAAUGAAGAUCAUUUCUUUUUUAUUAAAUGUAUGCCCAAAGCAACUGAAAUUGACCCUAUCAGAAAAUACCUAAUAGAAAAUUCGUUUAACAAAGAAGAGAUGUAUUAUAGGCAGUUCAUUCCUUCUGUGACAAAACUAGUAUCGGCUGAAAUGACAGAUUUCGUACCAAGAAGUUAUUAUUCUCUACACAAUCAGUUCAUCGUUCUGGAGGAUAUUACAGUAAAUACCUUUGCCAAUCUUGACAUAAGAGUGCCUUUAACUUAUGAUCAGUUAUUGCUAAUAAUGAAACAGUUAGCUAAAAUGCAUGCUGCUGGCGUGAUAUAUGAAGAAAAUAUAUCCAAAAUACUUAACAAACCGUUUAGAUCAAUCGAACAUUAUGCUGGAAUGCUUAGGGAAGCGAUGGAUAUCAACGAUAAAACAGUUAAAGCAUACUUUGACUGUAAUAUCAGAACGAUUAAUUAUUUAUUUGAAAAGUGUAAGAACAGAUUCAAGGACAUUGACCUUCAAGACAUGCAAAAGAAGGUAAGGGAAGGUUUUUACAAAAUGCGUGACAUAAUCAAACCAUCUGACAAAUGUAGAAACUUUAUUACUCAUGGUGAUCUGUGGUGCAACAAUAUUGUGUUCAAAGACGAUCAAAGUUCGUGUCUUUUAUUAGAUUUGCAGAUGGUUAGAUAUUGUAGUCCAGUCUAUGACGUAUGUAUCGUAUUGACACUGAAUGCAGAUCAAAAUACAAGAAAAGAAUAUAGCAAAAAGCUUCUAGAUGAUUACUAUACACAUCUAAAAGAUAAUCUAAGUAAGCAUGGCGUUAAUAUCGAGAAUGUUUUGAGUUAUAAGCGUCUUAUGGAAGAAUACAAACAAGUCACUUCAACCGCAAUAAUGCGUUCGUUGGCCUUGUUAACUGUAGUACUACCACCUCGAGAAAAAAUGGAUGCAUUUUUAAAAGAUCCGAACGAUGCUCAGAAUAUUAUAAUUGGUGAUCGCAGUGGUAUUAUAGAUGUGUUUUGGGAUGUAUUGGAAGAAAGGUUAGGAGGACUACUCGAAGACCUUUAUGUUUGUUUUAAUAAUGUUUAGGCAAUCUUUAAUGUUCUGUGUGCAAUCAUUUAUACAUCUCACAUGUUAGUGUAAUGCUAUUCUACAGUAAUAAUUGUUCAUAUGUUCCAAUUUAAUUUGUAAAUAUUAUUAUUCUACCACAAUAAAUUUGAAUCUUGAAUUGUAUAAAGUGUUGC